UUCAAACCAGUAGAACAAACCCUUCUCACUCUUCACUUCUCACUUUGCAAUUGACUUGGACUGGCGAAUUGGGCAAAAGAAAACAACCUAGUACAGUCGUGGCCUUGCGGUGGCUUUGUAGACUGUAAAUCUUCGAAUUUUGAAAGAACCCUAGCCAAACAAGGAAGAUGGAAGAACCCCUCAAUGGGAAUGGCAAUGUCGAUUCAGCAUCAGCAAAAGCAGAGACCGAAGAGGAGCCUGCCAUCGGCCCCGGUCCGGCUCCUCGCUCUCGACCCAAACGCCCCCUUCAGUUUGAGCAGGCUUAUCUCGAUACCAUCCCCUCUGCUAACAUGUAUGAGAAAAGUUACAUGCACCGUGAUGUGGUUACUCAUGUUGCUGUGUCUUCUGCAGACUUUUUCAUAACUGGGAGUGAUGAUGGGCAUCUGAAGUUUUGGAAGAAAAAGCCUAUUGGUAUUGAGUUUGCCAAGCACUUCAGAUCUCACCUUGGUCCUAUUGAAGGCAUUGCCGUUAGCGUUGAUGGUCUGCUUUGCUGUACAAUAUCAAAUGAUCAGUCUGUAAAGAUAUAUGAUGUUGUUAAUUAUGAUAUGAUGGUCAUGAUACGGCUUCCUUUUAUUCCUGGCGCGGCUGAAUGGGUCUAUAAACAAGGAGAUGUGAAAGCUAGGCUGGCUAUCAGUGAUCGGAACUCAUCAUUUGUGCACAUAUAUGAUGCACGGUCUGGUUCGAAUGAACCUAUUGCCUCACGAGAGGUACACUUGGGGCCAGUAAAGGUUAUGAAGUACAAUCAUGUAUUUGAUUCAGUUAUAUCUGCUGAUGCCAGGGGACUUAUUGAAUACUGGACUCCUGACACACUCCAAUUUCCUGAAAACAAUGUCAAUUUUAAAUUAAAAAGUGACACCAAUCUUUUCGAAAUAGUGAAAUGCAAAACAACUGUUUCUGCUAUAGAGGUCAGCCCAGAUGGUAAACAGUUCUCAAUUACAUCACCUGAUCGGAGAAUACGUGUAUUUUGGUAUCGUACGGGUAAACUAAGACGAGUUUAUGAUGAAUCUCUAGAGGUUGCCCAAGAUCUGCAAAGAAGUGAUGCACCAUUAUACCGACUGGAAGCAAUUGAUUUUGGGAGGAGAAUGGCUGUUGAGAAGGAAAUUGAAAAGGCAGAAAGUGCUCCACAACCAAACGCUGUAUUUGAUGAGAGCUCUAAUUUUCUUAUCUACACGACUCUUCUUGGAAUAAAAGUUGUAAACUUGCACACAAACAAGGUUGCUCGGAUCCUGGGGAAGGUGGAGAACAACGAUAGGUUCUUGAGAAUUGCCCUGUACCAAGGUGACAAAAGCAGUAAAAAGGUUCGAAAAAUCCCCUCUGCUGCUGCAAAUGCUAAUGAGAGCAAGGAGCCUUUGACAGAUCCCACUCUAUUAUGUUGUGCUUUCAAGAAACAUCGAAUAUAUUUAUUCAGUCGGAGAGAGCCAGAGGAACCAGAAGAUGCAACAAAGGGAAGAGAUGUAUUUAAUGAGAAGCCUCCAGCUGACGAAUUGUUAGCAGUAUCAGAUAUUGGCAAGUCAGUUACAACAUCUCUUCCUGAUAAUGUGAUAUUGCAUACCACGAUGGGAGACAUCCAUAUGAGAUUGUAUCCCGAGGAGUGUCCUAAAACAGUAGAAAACUUUACAACGCACUGCAGGAAUGGCUAUUAUGAUAACCUUAUCUUUCAUCGGGUCAUCAAAGGCUUCAUGAUACAAACGGGAGAUCCUUUAGGAGAUGGAACUGGUGGACAGUCUAUUUGGGGAAGAGAGUUUGAAGAUGAAUUUCACAAAAGUUUGCGGCAUGACCGACCUUUCACGGUUUCAAUGGCUAAUGCAGGCCCAAACACCAAUGGGUCUCAGUUUUUUAUCACAACUGUAGCCACUCCUUGGCUGGAUAACAAGCAUACAGUGUUUGGAAGAGUUAUUAAAGGCAUGGAUGUCGUGCAGACAAUUGAGAAAGUGAAAACAGACAAGGCAGACAAGCCAUAUCAAGAUGUGAAAAUUUUAAAUGUAUCUGUCCCGAAGCCUUGAAGUUCCAUUCUUGAGAAUGUGUUGUCAACAUGGUUGUUAAGCUCAUGCUCAGGAUUCUUUACGUCGGCGGUUUUUGUAUUCAGCUGCAGGUUCCUUCCAGAUGCGUAUAACACUCUACAGAUUUUGGCAAGUUGAAACACUUGAAGGUUGCAGCAAAGAGUAAUUUAAAGAGUGACAUACGAUAGGUUUUAGUCCCUUCUCAGAUCUCUCACCCAAAGAACUUAGUCAUUUUCAUGCACAAGUUACUUGGUUUUGUACUCGUUGUUCAUAUCAUUCACUCGUAACCCUUGAGCCUGAUUGUAGAUUAGUUUAUUAUUGUUGUUUUCCUCUUUUACCCUUUCAAAAAAUAUGUAAAAUUUCUUUUCGUUCCUUUGUAUUAUUUACGAGAAGAUUUAUGUGAGAUUAAGUAGGAGGAUAUAAUGAAAUGCAAUGUAAAUUUUCCCUGUUUGAUGGCCUUA